AUGUUUCAAAAUAAACUUUCAGGGCGAAUCCCACCUUCAAUUGGUAACAUUACUCGAUUGAGCUAUCUUGAUUUGAAUGGAAAUGAUUUCCAUGGAAGCAUACCAUCGAGUUUGGGAAAUUGGGGAUUUAUGGAAGAAUUGUCCAUUUCUCAAAACAAACUCAAUGGUACCAUACUCAAACAAGUUGGCGCAGCUCAAAUCGACCUGUCUCGUAAUUCAUUCACGGGGUCUCUCCUGCUGGAAGUUGAUAACUUAGAAAAUAUUUGGUUAAUAGACGUCUCAGAGAACAAACUCUCAGGUGAAAUUCCAGAUACGUUGGGAAAGUGUCAAAGCAUGGAGUUGCUUUAUAUGAAUGGCAACUUGUUUCAAGGAACCAUUCCAGAGUCUCUAAGGAAUUUAAAAGGUAUCCAAGAGAUAGAUCUUUCGCGCAAUAACUUGUCUGGGCAGAUUCCAAAAUAUUUUGAAGAAUUUCAUUUCUUAGAGUAUUUGAAUUUGUCAUUCAAUAAUUUCGAGGGUGAAGUGCCCAAAGGAGGGAUCUUUAGAAAUGCCAGCACAAUUUCAGUUGUCGGAAAUAGCAAACUCUGUGGAGGUAUCUCGGAACUACAAUUGCGGCCGUGCCUUAAGCAAGCUUCUAAGAAACGAGGAAAGCCCUUUUCUCCCAGAAUCAAAAUCACAGUUAUUAUUGUGGUGGUUUCAUCGGUAAUUCUCUUGUCGUGUAUCUUUGUCACUCUUUAUUGGAGAAGAAAUUCUCCAAAGAAAGCUUCUUCUCCAUCUUCCACACAGAAUCAGUGGCUACAAGUUUCUUAUGCGGAUCUCCUUCAAGCAACAGAUGGGUUUUCUUCAGCUAAUUUAAUUGGUGUGGGAAGUUUUGGUUCUGUAUAUAAAGGAAUUCUAGAAUGCUUUGAAACACUUGUUGCAGUGAAGGUACUCAACCUCAUGCAGCAAGGAGCUUUAAAGAGUUUUGCAGCUGAAUGCGAAGCUUUAAGAAACAUCCGACAUCGAAAUCUUGUCAAGAUCUUAACGGUUUGCUCGGGCAUUGAUUUUAAUGGCAAUGAUUUCAAAGCUCUAGUGUUUGAGUACAUGCCUAAUGGUAGUCUGGAGGAGUGGUUGCAUCCAAAUGUAGAUGAACAACCUCAAUUGAGGAAUUUGAAUCUUACACAAAGGCUGAAUAUAGCCAUUGAUGUGGCUUUGGCAUUAGAUUAUCUUCAUCAUCAUUACCAGACACCAAUUGUUCAUCGGGACCUAAAACCAAGCAAUAUUCUUCUUGAUGAUGAGAUGGUUGCCCAUGUGGGUGACUUUGGUUUAACAAAGUUCCUCUCUGAAGCUGCAGAAGGUUUCUCCCAAAAUCAAACUACCACAUCUGGGAUUAAGGGAUCGAUUGGGUAUAUUCCUCCAGAGUGUGGGAUGGGCGGUAAGGCGUCCACACAUGGAGAUGUAUACAGUUAUGGGAUCCUUCUACUCGAGAUGAUCACUAGAAAGCGACCAACUGAUGACAUGUUUAAGGACAAUCAGAGCCUUCAUCACUUUGUAAAGUCGGCUUUUCCUGAACAAGUAAUGGAGAUUAUAGAUCCAAGACUCCUCUUAGAAGAUGCUGAAGCAAUUCAAGACAGUGAAAAUCGUAACAAUUUGAGAAAUAGAACGCAUGAUUGCUUGGUUUCAUUGGCCAGCAUUGGUGUAUCGUGUUCUACAGAAUCGCCAAAGGAACGAAUGAAGAUGAGAGACGUUGUCAUGGAAAUGCAUGCAAUUAGAGACUUAUAUCUAGAGGUUGGGAUUCAUCGACAAAGACAAAAUAGGCCCCUAUUGUUAGGUGAGGGUUCAUCUUACCUCAGUAACUACUAAUAUUAGAUUAGUAGUUAAAUUGAAGAAGAUUCCGACAUAAAAUAAAAUUGUUUGAUAUUUUUCUUAAGAAGCUCUAGAUAUAUAUUGUUUAGUGUUUGAAUCUAAGGGGAAGAUGUUUUCUUCUUUUUAUUCUUUUCUCUCUCUUUUUUUUUUUCUUUUAUAUAUCUUGUUUUAGACAAAGGGUGAUUGUAUUAGAAAUAUAAUAAGAGAAAAUGUUUAUCAGAAUAAAGAGAAUAUUGGGUACUAAGAUACUGAAUCCUCAUAAAAUUUUAUAUAGCCUAUUUCAAACAUACCAUUAUAAUCU